GAAUCUGAGGAAUCUGAGACGUUGGCUCCAUUAACCCCUGACAUUUGACAACGCGACUUGCACCAGAUUGGCUUUAAGACAUGAAGCUGAUCUUUUUGGAAUUAAUUUCUAUAGCAUUUGCUAUUCAGAUUACAAAUGCCGUCUCAGAUUCAGUUCAAACUCUGGGACGGCCAUUCAUUCAAAAGGCUCUGCAGGAAGCCAUGAAAAUAGUGGAUGAAGCCUACAAAUAUUCGAGAGAUGUAGAUAUUUCAAAAAUUGAGAAAAGAGAGUUGUCACCACUUCAGCUGCUGUCAUUUUCGAAGAGACCAUCAGCAGAGACCAGAACUGCAGUACGUGCAGCUGACUACAUGGAAGCCACCCUUGAUAUCAUUCAGCGGAAGAUGAGCAGGAUCCACAAACGCUCAUUGAAUGCCACAGAUCUUUUAUCACCUGAAGAUCUGGACGUGAUUGCCCGAGUCACUGGCUGUGCUGCCCAAACUGCGCUGCCGUCAUGCAACACAAUCCCCUUAGUAGACAAAUACAGGACCAUCUCCAGUGUGUGCAAUAACAAGAAAAACAGUCGGCUUGGUGCUUCAAACACCCCUUUCACACGGUGGCUGCCUGCCCAAUAUGAUGAUGGCAUCUCCAUUCCACGCAGUUGGAUUUCAGCAGCCAAGUACUCGGGGUUCAGCCUUCCUCUGGUCCGUGAAGUCUCCAAUAUAAUUUUGCAUACACCAAAUGAAAACCUUCCUCAAGAUAACUUGUACUCAUUCAUGAUGGUGCUGUUUGGACAAUGGACAGAUCAUGACUUGACCAACACCCCUACAUCUCCAAGCAUCCGGUCCUUCAAUGAUGGAAUUGACUGUAGCACAUCCUGUCAGCAGGCUGAACCCUGCUUUCCUGUUCAGAUUCCACCAAAUGAUCCCAGAUUUGGCAACACCAAAAGCUGUAUUCCCUUUUUCCGGUCAGCUCCAGCUUGUGGAACAGCAUACACAGGUUACAUUUUUGGUAGCCCAAAUGUUCGUUUCCAGAUUAAUCAACUUACCUCCUUUAUUGAUGCAAGUAUGAUUUAUGGGUCCACUGACUCCCUGGCCAACCAACUGCGAAACAAGACCAAUGACUUUGGCCUUCUGGCUGUUAACCAAAACUACAAGGAUGAUGGCUAUGAUUUGCUUCCCUUUGUAAAUGCAACAAAGAACGCCUGUGCCACAAGAUCAGUUGUUACGAAGGACCCAACAGUUCAAGAAGUUCAAUGUUUCAAUGCAGGAGAUGGACGUGUCAACGAAAAUUUUGCACUCACAGCUAUUCACACUAUGUUCCUCAGAGAGCAUAACCGUAUUGCAAAGAUUUUCAGGAAAAUUAAUCCACAAUGGAAUGGUGAAACCAUUUACCAGGAAACAAGGAAGGUUGUAGGAGCAUUUCAUCAGAUUAUGAUCUUCCGGGAUUAUUUGCCUCUCAUCAUUGGUCCUGAUGCAGUGAAUACAUAUCUUUCAGAUUACACAGGCUAUAAUGACUCUGUCGACCCAUCCAUUUCCAGUGUUUUCUCUACUGCAGCAUUCCGGUUUGCUCACCUCACUAUCCAGCCAUUUAUAUUUCGUCUAGACAGGAGCUAUCAGCAACACACGCUGUAUCCUAAUGUUCUCCUUCACAAUGGCUUCUUCACACCCUGGAGGAUUGUCUUUGAAGGUGGAAUUGACCCCAUUAUCCGAGGUCUUAUUUCCAUGCCUGCAAAGCUUAAUAGACAGGAUAAGCUGAUGCAUGAUGAACUGCGGGAGAGACUCUUUCAGCUGACCAGUCAGGUUGCUCUUGACUUGGCAUCUCUUAACCUGCAACGCGGAAGAGAUCACGGACUUCAAGGAUACAAUGCAUGGAGAGGCUUCUGUGGUCUUAGCCAGCCCAAAGACGAAAAAGAACUUGGAGUGAUCCUCAACAACCAAACCUUGGCAAAGGCACUGAUUCGUCUGUAUGGAACUCCCAACAAUAUUGAUGUCUGGAUUGGAGGAAUUGUUGAGCCAUUUGUGCCAAAUGGGAGAGUGGGACCCCUGUUUGCUUGUAUAAUAGGAAGCCAGUUUCAGAGGAUAAGGAAUGGAGACAGGUUCUGGUGGGAAAAUACAGGCAUCUUCACUGAUAGCCAGAAGAGUGCUCUAAGGAACGUGUCACUCCAUCGUAUUAUUUGUGACAAUACCGGAGUUCAGGCGGUUCCUCCAUCUGUGUUCCGGUACUUUCCGUACAAUGAUAAUUAUACCUCAUGCUCGGACAUCCCCAAGUUCGACUUCAGUGCUUGGAAAGAAACUACAAUAGUUUGGUAAACCAAGAUGACCCACAACAUAUAUGGAAGAAAAAUAA